AUGAGAGGGUGGACAGAGGGUGGCAGUGAAGAAGAUGAGCCUGGGGUUGUCCUUGGCCUCCAAGAUUACCUUGGAGUGGAACGACGAUUUAGCAGAGGCGAGGCCUUUUUUAUGUGGCCCAGCCAGAUCUGCCGGUGGACGGUUAAAUCAGAUUUGAGCCAAGGUGCAUUCGGUGGCAUGCACCUGACCCUUCACCGCCCUCAGAAGGUGUGCCUCUGCCCGUUCCUGCCAGUUCACCCCUUGAAUGUCUCGACGUGCCUGUAUAUAGUUCAGCAUCCAGCAGAGGAGAGUAGAGUACUGCGAACUGUCCCACUGCUAGCUGCCUGCCUUCCACCAGACAAAUGCAAAGUCUUUGUUGGACGCCGGUUUAACGAGGACAGACACCCUGAACUCGGAGCUGUUUGCCAGAGCCUUAGCACGUUAAUCUUGUAUCCUGGGGCAGAGGCAAAUAAUCUGGAAGAGUUAGAACUUGACCCAUCACUGUCCCCAUACAACAUCAUUAUCAUAGACGGGACAUGGAGCCAGGCGAAGGGUAUGUUUUAUGGAAACUCCCUCUUCCACUUGCCGAAACAGGUUCAACUGAAAACCAAUUUAUCAAGCCAGUAUGUAAUCCGAACUCAGCCAACCAACACCUGCCUCUCGACGCUGGAGUGUGCAGCCAUAGCACUGUCCAUAGUAGAAAAGAACCAUUCCAUUCAUGAGGUUAUACUGCGACCACUUCAGGCUUUGUGCUCAUUCCAGCUGCAGCACGGAGCUCAGAUCCAUCACAGCAAGGAACACCUGAUUAAGAAUGGAAUGUACGCAAAACCAAUGCCAAAGAAUAAACGCAAGCUCAAUAGAAUGGAGCGUUUGGCAAACAAUGAAAAAAUAUAGUGAAAGUACAGUUUUAAUAUGAUUUUACUUCUGUGAGAAGUUUUUUCUGAACGUUAGAUUUUUCUGAUACUGUUGGGUACCUUGGAUCCUUAUUUCAACCUCACGUCACUUCUCUACAGCAGAUCCAUUUGUGAUUGGCUUUCCGAUAUGACCAUCGGAUUUACUGAACUGUUAAUAACUUAAGAGGAUUAAAACUGCCUUUUCUUUAUCCUCUUUAUUGGGAUCCAGUUCAGAAUGCUGCGGUCACAUUGGUAAGAUGAUAGAGCGGCCCAGUUACACAAAGUUUUACUGAGCUUCACCUCGCGCAGAGUUCACCUACUUCAGACAAGAUAAGCAAAUCUUGCCCAGGAAAUAUCUCAAUCUGAAUUGGUUUGUGAGUGCCUGUUUGGAUUUCUAUCAUUCAGUAUUGUGUCUGGGACAAUUGAACGCUGGCCAGUUUAGGCUAAAUAAGCAAAAUAGUCUAAAUGUAGCUUAGCAUAGUAAGAAGUGAGAAUCCAGGUCUUACUUAAAGCACGAGAAGAUUGUCUAAAAGUUCCUCCAUUCUAAAAAAGGUUUAAUUAUGUGUGGUGACCCUGGACCUUCUAGGAAAUAAUUUGGUAUUUCCAUAGGCUUUGGCCCAUGAUACAAAGUCAGAGCUGUGCAUGUAAAAUAUUUAGCAAUUCAGGUCUGAGUUCUUAUAAAAUUAUACAGAAAUCCAAAGACUGCAGUAACUAUGUGAGAUCAAUAAGUAUUGCACAUACCAGAGAUGCAUUUAUACACACAGCAUUAUUCAUUGGGGGCCUUCUCCCAGGGCUGUCUAGAGAAGUUGAAAUUAGCUCCCAAUAUCACUCUGUCUGAUCUGUGCGACUUAUUGAAGGUUAGGAUGAGAAAGAGAUUCAUAGAAAUUGAUGUGUACAGAGGCACACUCAGCAUCCUAAGAUGGUUUGCGUCUUAGCUAUUUGUGAAGACUGAUUCCAGCACUGACUGAUGUGUGCCAGUGCAAAUGAAAAUGGUACAAGGUGGAAGAACAAUGCAUUGGAAUCAUUAACUGAAGCCAAACUAAAUUAUGCCCUAAAAACUUUAAUUUGAAUUGUGGCAGAUAUUUUUUUAAAAACAUGGUAAUGAAAUCAAGUGCCAGUUCUUUUCAUGAGUGAAAUUAAAAAUAAGUGUUAAGGAUUCUGUGAAUGUAAUAGAUGGGAUUCCCUGUUCCCACUAGACAAGUUAUUUAUGUUAACUGUGCAACAAUACAAACCAGAGGUCCCAAACUUAUCCACAUCUUUGCCUUAAGAUUUAAGAUUGAGCUGAAUUUUUUAAAAUUCUUAAGUUCGGUCUUGAAAGCUGUUUUUCUGCAGUUCUUUCAUUUUUUUCAAUUGUGUGGGAUCUGAUGCAUGAGGCCCUAGGGUUCAUCUUGCUCACCAAUCACCCUGUGCUCACAACUAGUAAAGAGCCAGAAGUGUGGAGGAGAGGAGUUGGGGAGGGUGAGCAAAACAUGGAAAUAAGAAUUUGCCAAUUUUAGCAAGUUAAUUUCCUGAUGUAUGUUUAAUAUCAUCACAGUGAAUAAACCUGCCGAAUCAAAUGGAAAUGCUGUAUUCCAUUGCUUUUAGUGGCACACGUACAGCAAUUGAAAUAGAAUUAUAUUACAUUUAUAACUCCAAAUACAGCUUCUGAUAUCUUAACAUUUCUGUAUGUUUUUAAUAAACACUUCUUCCAAAAGGGCCUUAAUGCUGCUUUUUGUUUGCUAUAUUUAUUUGGAAACAUUGAUAAAAUUGAUGCAAUUA